GGGCCUGCGUUGGUUCCCAGGGGAGGCGGGUCACCGGAGACUCCCGGCCGGCGGGGCCCUUCGCUCGGCUUCCGGGGCAGCUGGAGUGGACUCGGGACCGCUUGGUCCUGGGCACCCAUUUCACGGAUGAGAGAACCGAGUCCAUCCAGAGAGGUCCCAGCAGCUGGGGACGCCCCUCGACCCCUGAACGACCAUGUCCAAGCCCAGCGCCCCACCUCCGUAUGAGGACCGGAACCCCCUGUACCCCGGCGCCCCACCCCCGGGGGGCUAUGGGCCGUCUGCACCCCCAGCCGGCUACCCGGCCUACCCCGCCUACCCACAGCCGGGCUAUGGCCACCCCGCGGGCUACCCGCAGCCGAUGCCCCCCAUCCACCCGAUGCCCAUGAACUUCGGCCCCGGCUAUGACGGGGAGCGAGCGGUGAGUGACAGCUUCGGGCCCGGCGAGUGGGACGACCGGAAGGUCAGACACACCUUCAUCCGAAAGGUCUACACCAUCAUCUCCGUCCAGCUGCUGGUGACUGUGGGCAUCAUCGCCAUCUUCACCUUUGUGAAGCCGGUCAGCGAGUUCGUGAGACGCAACGUGGCCGUGUACUACGCUUCCUAUGCCGUCUUCAUGGCCACCUACCUGACCCUCGCCUGCUGCCAGGGGCCCAGACGCCGUUUCCCCUGGAACAUCAUCCUGCUGGCCAUCUUUACGCUUGCCAUGGGCUUCAUGACGGGCACCAUCUCCAGCAUGCACAACACCAAGGCCGUCAUCAUCGCCAUGAUCAUCACCGCCGUUGUGUCCAUUUCCGUUACCAUCUUCUGCUUCCAGACGAAGGUGGACUUCACCUCAUGCACGGGUCUCUUCUGUGUCCUGGGCAUCGUGAUGAUGGUGACGGGCAUUGUCACCGCCAUCGUCCUGGCCUUCAAAUAUGUGUACUGGCUGCACAUGCUCUACGCAGCUCUGGGCGCCAUCUGCUUCACGCUGUUCCUGGCGUACGACACGCAGCUGGUGCUGGGCAACCGGAAGCACACCAUCAGCCCCGAGGACUACAUCACGGGCGCCCUGCAGAUCUACACCGACAUCAUCUACAUCUUCACCUUCGUGCUGCAGCUCGUGGGGGACCGCAACUAGCCCCCGCCCGCGACCUGGGCUGCCGCAUCCCCUGCUCGGGCUCUUCUUGGCAGGGGUGGGGUGGGGAGGGGGCCCUGCCCACCCUGCUCCUCUCUGCCCUGCCCCACAGUGACUGUGCCCCCCCCAUUUGCUCUCCGGCCCACGGUGGGGUGGCCUCUGGGGCGCGCGGGCACGGCCUUGCCGCAGGAGGGGCUGAGGUGACGGGCUCCUGUUCUGGAGAUGAAAGGGAGGAGAAGUGACUUGGGGGGGUGGGUGCCACAACCCCCCGCCCGGGCCGGAGCACUUGGACGGACCCUGGCCGUAGCCCGGUCUCCCCUGCUUUAGUCCCUUCUCUCUCUCUCUAUCUGGGCGGGGGGGCAAGAGCACAGCGGCACUUUCCCCGGGGGUCCCCGUGGUCCCGAGCUGCCCAGGGGCUCCCUGGGCGCCCCUGGGGUCUCUGGUGCAAGAAACCGUUGACUUCCUGUGCUCAGGGGCCACAGGCCGGCUCCCAGGUGGGGACAAGAAGUGAUGCAGGGCAAGGAACGGGGGAGGGGGCAGGGAAGAGGCCUGGUGGGGGGAUGCCCCAUCCCUCGGGGCUACAGGAGUUUCUGCUGGUCCAGGAAGGGUCCUUUCAAUUUCAGGAGCACCCCCCCCUAAGUUACUCUCCCCUCAGCCAGCCAGCCGCUGCUUUCUCCGUGACACCAAGUGCCUCCAGGACGAGGCGGGCAGGGAGGGGGGGAGCAGAGCGGCCUGCCGUGAUUAGGGCUUCUCUAUUCAGUGCUUGGUUCUAAGGUCAUCAUGUAACAGGAUCUAUCUAGAAGUAUAAUAAAGUUUUGUGUUAGAAUUAAACCUUGGACGGCUCUGGUUUGGGGGAC